AUGAGAGUCGUUGUUUUGCUGAUAUCGGUCUAUUUGGUCAAUGCGGAAUACAAUCUCUCCAACGAUGUGGGACCAAGAAGGGCACGGAGAUACGGUAAGCAGUUACAAACUUUGCAGCAUUUUAUGUCAUCAUUUUUCAUUACUUUUUAUAGACAUUAUUUUUUAGUCCUGGCGCGGAGGAAAUGGGACUACGAUGUGCUCACAUGGCGAUUGCAUUCUGAUAACAUUGCUGAAUCCGACCGCUUCAUCAUACGGUAAUUCUACGCAACUUUUCAGAGCUUAUUUUCAGCUCGACCCUUCAUCGGGCAUUUUCCGCCUGGUCAUCAGUUUCUUCCUUAAAAUUCAUCGAGUUAACGUCGGAACAAAAAGGAAUUGCAGAUCUGAGCAUCUCUUUUCUCAAGGGCCGACAUGGCGAUGAACUUCCUUUCGAUGGCCCCGGUAUGCAACCAAUUGUCCAGUCAAAGUCUCAUUCACUAAUCAAAUUCCAAUGUCUUCCCCAUUCUCACAUAAUCUUAACGAUCUCCCAAAUUACCUGGCUACCUGAUCUUCCCAUCUUCCGUAUUCUAAUGAUCUUAAUUACAGACGGAAUUGUGGCUCAUGCGUUUUACCCCACAGUGGGGGUUUUGCAUUUCGACGCGGACGAGAAAUGGACCCUGAAUCGCGAUGACGGUAUUAAUUUGUAUCAAGUAAGAGAGCAACCAGUUUUGUUUCGAUUUGUUUGCAAAAAUUAGUGGGCUUGCAAAGUGGCAGUUUUUGGUUGAGCAACUCUCAUGCAUGCAGUAUUAAGCCGAAUAAUUUUUAGACCGCCUUGCAUGAGAUUGGUCAUCUUCUUGGCCUAGAACACUCCACGGAUCCUCGGGCAGUUAUGUUUCCCAAGAACCGGCCGUUUAAUCCCGGAUUUGAAUUGGCGGAUGAUGAUGUCAGAGGGAUCAGAAGGCUGUAUGCUCCACCAAAACACCGGUUAGAAUCCACUCGGUUAUUCAGCAAAUUAAUUGCUCAAGAUCUCAAGAAACUAUAA